GCGGGUCUAACUAUGAUGUCAUAAAUAUGGAGGAUUAAGUUUAUUUUGGAUCCUGAAAUCUGGCAACAGUGUCACGGAUCCUUGUAAAUGAGUCUCAAAUUUCUAACUUCUUCUUUUUUUACUAAGAGCUGAAACAUUUCAGUGAGUGGCCAUCUUUUAGACAAUUUUGACUAAUUGCCACGGUUGGGAAAAGGAAUACAGAUCUGCGGGGUUUGGUUGCCGUGGAAGAUGAAUGAUGGCAGCGAAAACAAUAAGUGGUCAUGUGAAUUUUGCACGUAUGAAAACUUCCCUGCAGCCAAGAAAUGUACCAUGUGCUUCAAAUGGCGCUCACCACAUCUUAUCUCAGACACUAUCAAUGAGGAGCAAGACAUCUACAAAAUGGCACCCCUAGUGUCAGAGGCUCACCCCAGUGGAGGAGGUAGCAGUGGAGGUACAGCUGAGGGUGGCAAGUGGGCCUGUGAAUUUUGUACCUACCUCAAUUGGGCAAAAACUGUAAAAUGUGUGCAGUGCCUGAACUCGAAGAGAAAGCCUUCCCCUCCAACGUACCGUGCACAGGAGAAACUACAGAACAUUUGUGUAACCACCUCUGAUAGUCAACUCAUAGAGUGCAGCUCUCCAAAACUCUCUCCCAACUCGUACACCAAUAAGUCUCUUGCUCUGAAAGAAACUAAUAGUGACAAUAAAUCCAAUGCCUACUCAGCAAUCCAUAAUCCUCUAAAAUGGAUCUGUGUCACUUGUACCUAUGAGAACUGGCCCCGCUCUCAGAAAUGUGUGAUUUGUUUAACUCCACGAGGACGGCCUUCUGAAUCCCCGUCACCCGUCUCUUCCUGUCGCUCCCAUGAAGUCAUCGCAACUCCACAGCGUAGAAGCCCUACCUCCUCCCUCCUGCCUCGCAGUCUGGGGGACUCCAACAAUCUUCAGGCUGGAGCUUCAGCGUCUUCCCUCGCUCUGACAUCGUCAUCGUCAUCAACAUCUCCAUCACACCCCUCCACCCCUCCCAUGAUGAGGGAGAAGAGACUCCUCAUGCUGCGAUCCAAACUGCGUGACUCUGACUGGUUGUGGCUGAAUGCAUGCAUGGGCACUGUGGAUGGAGACUUGGAAGCAAUCCACGCCUUCAUUGCAGGGGGCGGCCAUCCCUCACGGCAGCUAACUAUGCAGGAAGUCGAACUGCUCAAUCGGCCAAGUGCCUUUCAGGUCGGCUACACUCUGGUUCACCUUGCAAUCCGCUUUCAAAGGGAAGAUAUGCUUGCCAUCCUGUUGGCUGCCACGGAGGCGUCAUCAAAAGCUUCUAAGCGACUCCCUUGCAUGGCUUGCCCAGAUGUAGCCACAGAUAUACGCCGGCAGAUUGUGUCUUCAAUGCGGCAGCGCAAAGGAGACUUCCCAUGCUCGUUCUUCACAGACUGUGUCACAUUCUCUUUACCAGUUGAUAUUGAAGAUCUAGCCCGACACAUACAGGAGCAUCUCUUCGAUGAGAUCCUUGAUCGUGAUGUGCAAAAUGAACUAGAGGUGGAAGAGUCAAUCAUAAACUGGAGUUUAGAAUUGACCGACCGUCUGGGUAGCAGGUUGUAUGCCUUGUGGAACCGUACUGCUGGGGACUGUCUUCUGGACUCAGUCCUCCAGGCUGCUUGGGGUGUCUUCGAUCUCGACAAUUCUCUGCGCCGUGCCUUAGCCGAGAGUUUGAGAGACGGAGCAAUGACAUUUUACCCGCGCUGGAAGGAGUAUGAGUCCAUGCAAGCAGAGUCGCUUCAGUUCAGCCUGGACGAGAGCCAGUGGCAACAUGACUGGGCCGUGCUGCUAAGUCUGGCCAGUCAACCAGGCACCUCCCUGGAGCAGACCCACAUCUUUGCUCUGGCUCACAUCCUGCGACGGCCCAUUAUCGUGUACGGUGUUAAGUACGUGAAGAGUUUCAAAGGAGAGACAAUCGGAUUUGCCAAGUUUCAAGGUGUUUACAUUCCCUUACUGUGGGAGCCGUCCUUCUGCUGGAAGACGCCCCUGGCCUUGGGCUACACCCGCGGCCAUUUCUCCGCCCUGGUGCCCAUGGAACUUGACAUGGACGACGGCAUCGGUGCUGGGGCCAACACAGAGUCCCCUGACGAGGAGCAGGUUGCUUACCUCCCUUUGGUGGACUGCGAGGGCAAACUACUACAAGUGCACUUCCUCUCGGGAUCAGAGAUUGGCCGGGAGGAGAUGGUACUUCGAGAGUGGCUGCAUUGUCACACGACAGAAGGUGGCCUCCUGGUAGCCACGCAGCGCCUGGGUAAGCGUCCGCUGGCGGUCAAGCAGAUGGUGGAUGAGUGGCUCGACCACUACCGCAGGCUCCAGGCCCAGCCUCAGGCACUGUCCAUCAAGACCACGCUGUCCAGUGACGGAGAGAGUGAUGAUGAGUGAGUGGGCGUGGGGCUAGCUGGUCGCCAAGCACACCGUCAAACCCCCUUUGCCCCUUUGUCCUCUCUCUCAUCUGUGAUGUGUGCCAUGCAUUGACAGGCAGGCUGAGUGCGUUUCUUGAGAGACUGGGUGUAUGUCACAGCAUAUGUGAGUGCUCAGGGAAAGGGCUGUAUGUAUGUGUGAGUAUUUUUUUGCAAAAAAGAAAAAGA